AACCCUUUAAACCUCUCUCAAGCCUAAACUCCGCCACUGUCCCCAACAAGAAACUCAACGAUCAAGCUGUGCCCUCAGAGUUCAAAGUUCCGACAAAGUUUCACCACACAGACAUACAAGGUCAUUUUACAUUGCUGGGUUUGCCCUUUCUUAGAAAAUGCUCCCUCUUUCAUUGCUCAAGACUGCUCAAGGGCAUCCUAUGUUAGUCGAGCUGAAAAGUGGUGAGACUUACAAUGGACAUUUGGUGAAUUGUGAUACAUGGAUGAAUAUCCAUCUUCGAGAAGUCAUAUGUACCUCAAAGGAUGGAGAUAGAUUUUGGAGAAUGCCUGACUGUUACAUUCGGGGGAAUACUAUUAAGUAUCUUCGGGUCCCAGAUGAGGUGAUUGAUAAAGUUCAGGAGGAGUCCAAGACCCGUGCAGAUAGAAAGCCACCUGGUGUGGGGCGUGGAAGGGGAAGGGGUAGAGAGGAAGGUGGUGGUGCAAGGCAAGUGAAAGGCAUUGGGCGUGGUGGAGAUGAUGCAGGUGGCAGAGGCAUGGGUGGAGGUCGGGGUAGAGGAACUUCCGCAGGCAGGACUGGUGGCAGCAGAGGUGGACGUGGACGUGGCUGAUAAAAAUUUAAGGUGUUGGGAUGGGUAGCUGCUGCCCUGGAAGGCACCUUGUUUCCUUCUUUAAGGGCAAGAUAUGUCUUAAGUAACAGAGCCAGAGAGAAGAUCUUUCCCUUACUACACAAGUGAUUGGGGGUGCAUGCUGACUGCGUCCAUGUAACAGAUUUUUAGUAUAGCUUUUUACUUAAUUGCCCUUUUUAUGCAAAAGGUCAUUCGUAGAAGCAAACGGUACAAUCUUUCUUGAAGUUCCUUUCAGUGUGAACACCCGUAUUAACUUAUCAGAGACUUUUUCUCAACAUUGUACAUGUGAAUGAAUUACUGUUGAUGGUGAAUAUGGUUUGAGAAACAA